AUGGCGCAACCACAGCAACAGCAACCACCGUAUCCUAUGCCUCAGAGGCCCUUUUCUCCCCCGCAGCCAGCUAAUUCACCUUCAACGCAAACCCAACAACAGUUCGCGUUUCCACCCCACAAGCGACAAAGAAUGUCUCCCAAUCCGCCCUCUCAACCAGGUUCGCCAUAUGUCACAUCACCAUAUGCUGCUUCGGGUCAGAAUUCAGCUUCGCCUUCGCCGCAUUUCUCGACUGUGCAAAUUCCUCAGGGUGCCUAUACCACGCCAUAUUCGAAUGGAUCGAAUGCGCAACCAUCUCCCUCAUUGAAUCUACCGCAAACUCCGAUGGCUCUUCCACCUCAUGCGCAACCAAGCCCAUUGAGCUUCCCAAAUCAAGUUCAGCAUCAUCAUCAAGGAAAUAUGGCGUCAGCUCAUUUCAACAACUUUAAUUUGCAGAUGCCACAACAGCACCAUCCUGGCGGAGUCAUGGGCCCACCUUCGAGACCGGUCGAUAAAAAUAAGGUUGAUGGUUUGGAUCCGUUGGAUGUUUUGGGGGGAACUGGUGUCGAUCUUGCAGAGGAGGAACAAUAUACAUUUCAGCAGUAUUCGUCGUCGUUCAAUGCUCAAGGCUCAAGGUCACACCCAGGAAAUAUUUCGGCAGGUCACAGUUUUACCCAAUUUCCACCAGGGAAUGAGGGAUCUUUUUACGGCUCAGGUCCGGCUAAUCAACCUGGAGAGGCACCAAAUGCUAAAUCACAAGAGGAUUUUGAGAAGAAAGCUGCGGAUAAAGCAUGGCAUGAUGCGGCUCGCGACUUGGCAGUAUCGAGGCAAAGAGAAUUAAAUAAUCCAUUUUUAAAUGUUGGCCACGUUCACAAGAGAAUGGAGAAGAUUGCACAUGAUAAUGGUCUCGGUUUGAAUACAGAUUUAAAUGGAAAGAUGGGAACUAUGAAACUACCUGAACAUUUCCCUGACACGACUGUCAAAGUACAAACUGCAGUGGGACCAGAUGGAGCUAUCACUGCAACGACAGGAGCCUUCAUUCCAUCUGAUUCUUUACUUGUUGAUCAACUUGCGCUUAUGUCUAUCUCUACCAAGCAUCGACUUCGUGGAUUGUUAGAGGACGGAUUAAAGUUAGCUAUCGGUCGACAGACAAGUUCUCAUGCCCAAAUCAGGGAUGAAUGGACAGAUGUUGCUGUCCCAGCGAUAAAACCUAGUGUUGCUACCAUUGUUACUGAAGGUGGUCCACGGAGUGGAUGGGAGAGUGCUGUCAGCCCUCUCUCCAACCCUCUCAAACGCCCUCUCUCAGCUGCAGGUAGAUUGCCUACUCCAGUAUCAGAUAGUGCAAAGGCACAAACUAAGUCUUUUGCGAAUGAUGUUGCAUUGACACUUCGGAAAUGUGCUACUAAGGAGCAAGAAGCCGAGGAGGCGAGACUACGAAGACGUAAGGCUCGUGAGUCUGGUGAUGGAUCUCGCGCUGGUUCAAUAAAUCCGGGCACGCCAGGUUCUAUGGCUCCAGAUGUUCUUGACAAGCCACCUACCAAGAAAGAAAUGAAGAAGAAAGCAGAGGCAAAAACCAGUGAGGCAGCAAGUCACGCAGCAGCCAAUGUAACCACUACACAAUUUUUGGGUGGUGGAAAAAGUAUGUUCGGAAAAAAGAAACAAUAUAGUUGGAUGACUGCCGGAGGAUCCGGUAGUGGUACCAGCACGCCAGGUAAAAUCAUGACCCAAGGUCUUGGCUCUUCUGGUGCAAGCCCCGUUGCGAAUCCGGGACCCGAAAAAAUGACUACCGAUGGAGUGCGAAGGUUGGGCACUUGGCGAGAAGAUGGUGGUAAGGGACAGAAUAUCCAGCUCCGAGAUUGGAUCAUGGUUCUCGAGGAUGAUGGUAGGGAGAAAAAGGCACUACAAAAGGCAUACGCUCAAGUGGAUGAUGAUCGGAAUGCGUAA